AUCAAGUGUGGGUGUGUGUAUUUGUGAGAGACGGCAAGGGAGAGACCCACUGUGUUGUAAAGCCAACAGGAUAGUUUCUUGCUUGAGCAGGGGAAAAGUGUGAAGAGGAGGUGGGAGUUUGGAAGAAGAGAAAACAGAGAAUCUUCUUUUUAUCUUCUGACGGGUAAAGAGCUGGAAAAGCAAACAUUAAUGACCUGACAAAAGAUCACAUGCUUCACGGUGUUGAUCAGCCAGGCAUACCGUGGAGCUGAACUCGGACACCUUUACACCCGAGCCCCUACCACCCGCUGCCCUCUACUCACUGAUGAGCAUCUCUCCAGCUGCAGGCGGACUCAGGGGCCACACUGACACAGCCAGAAGUCUGGAGGAUAGAAGUGGACACUUGCCCCUUUGUGGCAACUAGUCUUCCCUGGAUAAUUCCCUCCUUUUAACUUCACGGCUGAAUUCUGGUUUUGUGCUGGCCCCUUCAAGCAGCCCCCUUCCUUUAGGAGCAAAGAUGAGCUGCAGGAAACGGUGCAAGCGUGAGAUCUUCAAGUUCGCACAGUACCUGUUCAGACUUAUCACAGGCACGCUCAACACCGACAGCGUUGAAGAUGAGCUGGAACUCUCUGCAGUCCGACAUCGCCCCGAGGGCCUGGAGCAGCUCGAGGCACAGACACGAUUCUCCCGGAAGGAGCUCCAGAUCCUUUACCGCGGCUUCAAGAAUGAGUGUCCAAGUGGCGUCGUCAAUGAAGAAACCUUUAAAGAUAUCUACGCACAGUUUUUUCCACAAGGAGAUGCUUCGACGUAUGCACAUUUCCUGUUCAACGCGUUUGACACGGAUCACAAUGGCUCUGUGAGCUUUGAGGAUUUUGUUAUGGGGCUUUCGAUCCUGCUGCGAGGAACAGUGCAGGAAAAGCUCAUUUGGGCUUUCAACCUUUAUGACAUCAAUAAAGAUGGAUACAUCACUAAAGAGGAAAUGCUGGACAUCAUGAAGGCUAUCUACGACAUGAUGGGUAAAUGCACAUAUCCCGUCCUGAAAGAGGAGACGCCUCGUCAGCAUGUAGAAGUAUUCUUCCAGAAGAUGGAUAAAAAUAAAGACGGCGUGGUAACCAUAGACGAGUUCAUUGACUGCUGCCAAAAUGAUGAAAACAUCAUGCGAUCGAUGCAUCUCUUUGAAAACGUUCUCUAACUUUUGGCCGCCAGCCGGAGCUUUGGAGAGGAACAUCAUCUUUAGCAUGGCCCAGUUACUGACUUGGACUCAUACUGUGUACAGUGUGCUAUGCAGACUUUUGACCAGACAUAAAAUCUUGUUCAUUAUUACUGUUGGGCCACAAGUAGACAUAGGCAGCAUGUUGGGAACACUCUGGAAUUCAUCUUUUGUUUUAAGAUGUCAAAAUAGGGUUCAAAUUCAUGUUUUAAAAAUGCGGUAAAAUGAAAUCACACAUAAAGUUCUAAUUUUCCACUUUGUUUUAUUUACUGUCAAGUGAAAUCACUGUGACUCACAGCUUUAGAAAUAUUGAACAACCUGCUCUAAGUUCCAGAGUGUUCUUAUCUGACUUAGACGAGCGUGGUCUGUGAUUUUACUCUUAAUUUAGAGAGGGACAAAAACCAAGUUGCACCACUUUAAGUCGUACAUUCAAAGAUAUGACAUUAGAUGAGAAAAUAUCAAUUCUGCUCAUGUUCACUUGCAGACGAGACAACACAAGGAUUGUAUUGAUGUCAAAAUUGGACCAUCACUUAAGCACAUGGAUACAGACGUGGACAAAUUUGUUGGUACUCCUGGUAAAGAUGUAUAUAAAGCCUUAAAAUAAAUGAUUCUCUUAUUGCAGUAGCACAAUCUCACAGUGGAAAAUGUUGCAAAAUAGAGCCUUUAGCAUGACUAUGUUGAUUCUAAGAAUCUCAUAAAACAUUCACAGUCUAAAGAUUCUUUUCCUCCUGAUGAUUUUUUUUUUGACCAACUACUUUUUGUACAAAAUGUCCAGCUGUUUUAAGAUUUUUCAGCUGUUUAACUUUUAUACCUUUUAAAAUAUGAAACUCUUCUUAAACAAGAAAUCCUACUGUGAUGAGCGAAUCACGCUUUCAAAUCGUUCAAACAUCUUUGAUGUUUUUGAAUGAGUUUGUAAUCUGUAACUUAAGUGUUUAGCAGGGCAUUUGGACCAGACCAGAUGGUUAGUGUUUGCAAAGAGAUAAUUUCUUCAAAUUUCCCAGGCAGGCAUAGCACUGAAUAAGUUUUCUGAUGUUUUUAUGUAGACUGAGUCAUUCUGUGGUUCGGUAGGCAAUCCUACUACACAGCUGAUGGAUAAAGACUUUUUAAUCUAUUCAUCUGCCCUCUUUCUGACCCUCUUUCAUAUCUGCAGGUUUGGGUGAAUAGUUUUUCUUGCAACUCUAUCAGGCUACAUCAGGUCUUAUGAGGUCAUUCCCAUGUUGAAGAGCAGCUAAUAUGUCAUGCCAUAUUUAUACCCAAGGAGGCAUAAUACUCUUCUAUUACAAAUUAAAACUCCCAGAAACUCAGUUCAACUUUGAAAUGUUUCUAAGAUCAUAUUUUUAAGAGAUUCUUUUCCCAAUUUGAAAAACAUUACAAGGAAUCCAAACCUUAAUUUGAGCAUUUCUGCAGAAUUUCCACAUUGCAAAUGAAAGAAAUGUACAUAUUUAAAGGUCUUUUGGAUAUCUUUACUGGAGGUUGCAGCAAAUUUCUUUGCAUCUGUAGCAAGAGUUUACCGCAAGUAUCAUGCGAGAUAAAAAUGAAAUGGGAGGCUAAGCUGCUUUUGAUGUAUUUUUUGACAUGAUGUAUGUAGAUCUUCAUUUGAUUUUUACUCUUCUUUUCAUGUAGAGGAGUUCUCGGCAGCGUCGUCUCCAGGUCAUGGUCAUUGUAUAAAACAAUCGUCAGCUGUACAGUAUUAAAUGAAAACUUGCUCUCUGAGGAAUUCCAGGUCUUCAGACUUGUUCUUGUAAUCUGCUGCUUUAACAGUAAAAACCACUGGGGUUUGGCGGGUGA